AUGCGACGCCGACAGACCCUGGUGCUGAUCGGCCUCGUCUUCGUCGCCUUCUGCUUCUACUCGGUCCUCCGCCUCGACGACUCGCGGCUGGUGAGGGAACCUGUGCCGGGUCAGAACCCACAGCCGCCAGAGACGAAGAACACAGGCGAGAACAAUGCUGGCGACAAGCCCGAGUCCGUACAGUGGGAGGAGGCGCCUCGCAUCCCCGGUGGCCCCCGACCAAAGCCUGUCAGCGGAACCGGCUCGCACCCCAUCUGGUUUCUCAUGAGCGAUGCCCAGCGCGAGCACGACCGAGUCACCAAGAAGCAGUCCCAGACGCUGGCCGAUGCCGUCAAGGAAUACCGCAGGCGGUACCAAUUGCCCCCGCCACCCAACUUCGACAAAUGGUUCGAGUUUGCCACGGCCAACAAGGUCCAGCUGAUCGACGAGUUCGACACCAUUCACGACCUCAUCACCCCCUUCUGGGGCCUGAAGCCGAAGACGAUUCGCGCGAGAGCAAAGGAGGCAUUGGGCUUCGACAAUGCGCUCAUCGGUGUCGCCAUUCGGAACCAUGAGAUUUCUCACAUCAACGGCGGCCAGGAAUGGCAGCGCAAUGCCACCGAGGGCAUGAUGGUCAAGUUUCUGCAGUACCUGCCGGACAUGGACCUGGCCUUCAACAUCCACGACGAGCCACGGGUCGUCGUUCCCCACGACGAUCUGACGCGGCUCGUGAGCAAGGCACGCGACGUGAACAUGCCCGCUUCCAACGCCAACUCGGCCCCAACCAAUGACUUCUCCAAGACGGCUCCCGAGCUGAGCGACAAGAAGAUGUUCGAAGAAACAAAGCUGACCCGGUUCAACGUCUUCGCCCACCAGCCCACCUGGACGCAUUCGCGCAUGUCGUGCCCGCCCGACAGCCCAGCCAGGAUACUCGAGGAGGACGAGCGCGCCGACGACAUGAGCAAGUACGGGGUUAGCGACCUCGGCUUCGUCUACAACGCUACAGCCAUGUCGGAUGUUUGUCUCACCCCGUCGCUGAGCUCGUCUUUCGGCUUCUUCGACCGGCCCAACGCCUUCAACAUCGUCCACGACCUGUUCCCCAUCUUCUCGCAGUCAAAGAUUUCGUCCUACAACGACAUCGUCUACCCCUCGCCGUGGUACUGGUACCAAAAGGUGUCCUACGAUGAGGAUAAGGACAAGCCUUGGACGCAGAAACUGGAUAAGCUCUACUGGCGCGGCUCCACGACGGGUGGCUUCAGCCGGAAUGGAGGUUGGAGGAGGCAGCACCGCCAGCACUUCGUCCAGAAGAUCAACGCCCAUGACCAGGUGCAAAUCAUGGUCAACAACGGGGGAGCAGAGAAUCCGAAAUGGGAGGCGAAGCAGGUUCCUCGCGGGGACUACCGCGACUUCAUCGACGUGUCUUUCUCCCACGUCGGCCAGUGCGACCCCGGUGACUGCGACGCGCAGAUCCAAUUCUUCGACGUCAAGGACCGCGUGGAGCAGCAGGACGCGUGGGGGUACAAGUACCUCCUGGACAUCGAUGGCAACGCCUUUUCGGGUCGGUUCUACGCGUUCUUGCAGAGCAAGAGCCUAACGUUCAAACUUGCCGUAUUCCGCGAGUGGCACAACGAGUGGCUCCGGCCCUGGGCUCACUACGUACCCCUGAGCCUCCAGGGCGACGAGUGGCUCGAAGCGGUGCGCUUCUUUGGCGACAGCAGCCUCGGCAACAAUGAGGCGGAGCGCAUCGCUAUGGCGAGCAGGGAAUGGGCCAACAAGGUAGUCCGCAAAGAGGACAUGGAAGCGUGGUUUUUCAGACUGCUUCUCGAGUAUGGACGUGUAAUUGACGAUCAGAGAGCUAUCAUCGGCUUCGACCCGUCCAGCGCGGGCAAGAAGCUGUCGUAG